AAUGGCAAAUGAAUCAAAUUCUUCUUGAAAAUUCUCUUAUUAAUUGUUAUCCUUGUCUUGAAGAAUGUUUAGAAGUGAUUGAAAUUUUGAGAAAUAUUCAAAAAAAUCAAGCUACUCAAAUUGAUGACAUUAAAAAUAAAAUACCUAUAAAUAGAAAAAAUCCUAACUAUGAACAAACUAAAUUUAAAGAUGAAAAUGUUGAAGAGAUUGAAUUGUAA